UCUGGGUCCUAGUGAGGCCCUGGUUACACGUCCUCAGCCUCAGCCACACAGCUGCGUGGUAGGUGACAGGACGUAUCUCACUGUCCUCUUCUGUGUCACGAUGAUGUGGCCCCAACCCCAAGUCCCUCCGCAACCCUACGUCCCUCCCCAAUCCUACAUCCCUCCCCAAUCCUACAUCCCUCCCCAAGCUCAAGUCCCUCCCCAACCCCACGUCCCUCCCCAACCCUACGUCCUUCCCCAACCCUACGCCCCUCCCCAAGCUCAUGUCCCUCCCCAACCCUACGUACCUUCCCAAGCCCACGUCCCUCCCCAACCCUACAUACCUCCCCAAGCCCACGUCCCACCCCAAGGCCAGGUUGCUUUCCAACCCUACGUCCCUCCCCCACCUUACGUCCCUCCCCGACCCUACAUCCCUCCCCAAGCCCACGUCUCUCCCCAACCCUUCGUCCCUCCCCAAGCCCACGUCCCUCCCGAACCCCACGUCCCUCCCCAACCCCUCGUCCGUCCCAUCGCCCGCGUCCGUCCCGUAGCCCGCGUCCCUCCGCAACCCCGCGUCCCUCCCCAAUCCCACAUCCGUCCCUAAACCCACUUCCCUCCCCAAUCCCAGAUCCCACGUCCCUCCCCAACCCCACGUCCCUCCCCAGCCCGAGAUGUCCAAAGCAACCAGAGAGCUCAAAUGGACCAAGGAAAAGGUCCGCCGGGUGCUGAAGAGCCAGGAGGUGUAUGAAAACUUCCUCCACUGCAUCGCCCUCUUCAGCCAGGAGCUGGUGUCUGGCUCCGAGCUCCUGCAGCUUGUCAGCCCAUUUCUGGGGAAAUUUCCAGAACUCUUUGCACAGUUCAAGUCCUUCCUGGGGGUAAAAGAGCUGUCCUUUGUGCCACCCAUGAGCGACAGAUCUGGGGAUGGGAUAUGCCGGGAAAUCGACUAUGUGUCUUGCAAACUAUGGUCCAGCUACUGGGCGCUCCCCAAAACCUACCAGCAACCCAAGUGCAGCGGGAGGACGGCCAUCUGCAAGGAGGUACUGAACGAUACCUGGGUCUCCUUCCCCUCCUGGUCUGAGGACUCCACCUUUGUCAGCUCCAAGAAGACGCCCUACGAGGAACAGCUGCACCUCUGUGAGGACGAGCGCUUCGAGUUAGAUGUGGUCCUGGAGACCAACCUGGCCACCAUCCGCAUGUUGGAAAGCGUGCAGAAGCUCUCUCAGAUGACGCCGGAAGACCAGGAGAAGUUCUGGCUGGAUGACUCCCAGGGGCAGUCGGAGGUGAUCCAGCGCCGUGCCAUCCAUAGCACCUAUGGCAACGAGGCCCCAGAGAUCAUUGAGAGCCUCAAGAAGAACCCCAUGACCGCUGUCCCUGUUGUCCUGAAAAGGUUGAAGGCCAAGGAGGAGGAGUGGCAGGAGGCUCAGCAGGGCUUCAACAAGAUCUGGCGGGAGCAGUAUGAGAAGGCAUACCUCAAUUCCCUCAACCACCAGGCUGUGAACUUCAAGCAGAAUGACACCAAGGCCCUGCGCUCCAAGCUCAACGAGACCGAGAGUGUCUAUGACGAGCACCAGGAGCAGCACUCGGAGGCCCACAGUGCCCCCUCCAGCGAGCCACACCUCAUCUUUGUGUACGAGGACUGGCAGAUCCUGGAGGACGCAGCAGCGCUCAUCAGCUACUAUGUGAAGCGGCAGGCAGCCAUCCACAAGGAGGACAAGGGCACCAUCCACCAGCUGUUGUACCAGUUCGUGCCCAGCCUCUUCUUCUCCCAGCAGCUGGACCUGGGUGCCUCCGAGGAGUCAGCCAACGAGGACCGGGACAGCUCCCAGGGGCAGAGCAUAGACCCCAGCAAACGGAAGAAGCCGGCUCCAGGACCGCACAGCAGCCCCCCGGAGGAGAAGGGGGCCUUCAGGGAUUCCCUGGCCGCCGAGCAGCUGCCCCCGCCACCCCCACUUCUGCACAAGGCCCUGGAGGACUUCUACAGCCUCUUCUUCGCCAACAACGACUGGUACUUCUUCCUGGGCCUGCACCAGACCCUGUGCUCCAGGCUGCUGAAGAUCUGCCACCAGGCGCAGAAGCAGCUCCUGGAGUAUCGGACCAAGAAGGAGCGGGAGAAGCUGCUCUGCGAGGGCCGCAGGGAAAAGGGCAGCAACACCGCCAUGGAGCUGUGGCGGAAGCAGCCCAGUGAAGUGGAGCUGGAGGAAUACUACCCAGCCUUCCUGGACUUGGUACGGAGCCUGCACGAGGGCAGCAUCGACCCCACGCAGUAUGAAGACACCCUGUGUGAGAUGUUCACCAUCCAUGCCUAAGUGGGCUUCACCAUGGACAAGCUGGUACAGAACAUCGUGUGGCAGCUGCACCACCUUGUGAGUGACGUCUGCCUGAAGGUGGUGGAGCUUUACCUAAAUGAGAAGAAGCAGGGUGCUGCUGGCGGGAACCUGUCUUCCCGCUGUGUCCGUGCCACCAGGGAGACCAGCUACCAGUGGAAGGCUGAGUGCUGCAUGGCCGAUGAGAACUGCUUCAAGGUCAUGUUCCUGCACUGCAAAGGGCAGGUGAUCGUGACCAUUGAGCUCCCGGCCACGGAGGACCCUGUGGAGGUCCAGCACCUGGCUCGGUACGUGGAGCAGUACGUGGGGACCGAGGGCGUGUCCAGCUCACCCACUGAGGGCUUCCUCCUGAAACUUGUGUUCCUGCAGAGGAACCUCAAGAAGUUCCACCGCCGAUGGCAGAGCGAGCAGGCGCGGGCCCUGCGCGGCGAGGCCAGGAGCUCCUGGAAGCAGCUGGUGGGCGUGGAGAGCGCCUGCGACGUGGACUGCCGCUUCAAGCUCAGCACCCACAAGAUGGUGUUCAUCGUGAACUCCGAGGACUACAUGUACCGCCACGGGACCCUCUGCCGGGCCAAGCAGCUGCCAGGGGAGGCCGGGGCUGCCUCGACACACCCUCCUCACCCCAUGUGUGGGGCCCGGGAUCCAGCCCUCUGCCACCCUGACACCCUGCCUCUCCAACAGGUGCAGCCCCUGGUCCUGCUCCACUACCACCAGCACUUUGAAGAGUGGCAUAGCCGCUGGCUGGAGGACAACAUGACAGUGGAGGCGGCCAGCCUGGUGCCCUGCAAGACGCUGUGUGAGAUGGCCCUGGCAGUUCUGACCCCCACUCCUGCUGGAGGGUCAGGGUUCCUGGGUAGUAUGACAAGCCAGGCUGGAGGCCACCUCAUUUCCUUCUGCCUCGAUCACACAGCUGGGGAUGCCCAGGGUCCCCUCUGAGCCGGCAGACUGGCUUCCUUGGUCAGAAGUGCUACAGGGCCUGGAAAGGACCGAGCUGGUCCCAGGAGAGCGAACGAAGAGUAGGUCUUUGAGGGGGCCCCGCCCCGAGGGUUCCCCUACCCUCAAGUAGGCGGGGCCUAUGGCCUGGAGGAGGUGGUAUGACAUGAGAUGAGAGGUUCCUUACUGGCCCUGAAGACAUCUCCACUGUGCUGAGGAGGGGACCCCAUGGCAGGGGACAGAGAGUGGCCUCCAAGAGCCAAGAGUGGAAUCUCAGAGCCACCACACCACCACCAGGACCCAAAUUCUGCCAAAGUCCAUGUGAGCCCAGGAAAGACCCCGAGCAGCAGAUAGGGACACAGCCCAGCUGACACCUUGAUCACAGCCUCAUCUGACCCUGAACCAAGGACCAAGCCUGCCAGGCCAGACCCCUGGCCCACGGAAACACGAGGUCAUAGAGGCGUGUGGCUGUGAGCCACGUUCAUUACUGAGAGAACAGCAGCAUUAAUAAUGCUGCUGUGUGUCCAGCACCUUCAAGUACAGGGAGGUGGCUGAGGAUCUCAGGAACCCCUCCCUACAUGUGAUGCUGACAGAGGGCACUGGGACCGGGGCUUCCAGUGGGGCCCCAUGAAUAUUGAUUCUGUUGCUGCUGAGGGCUUUGUCUCGCUGGGUUUCACAACAUGUAACCAGCGCUUCAUACCUGCCGUCAUCACUCGCUGAGAAUGAGGCUACUCCUAACAGCAAAUAGUACCAUCCAGCAGUCGUGUUCCUUUCUAUUUGCCCAAGGGAACUGAAAACUUGCAUCCACACAAAAACCUGCACGCAGAUAUAUGCGGCCACAUUCACCACUGCCCAAACUCAGACACAACCAAGACAUCCUUCAGCAGGGAACGGAUAAACCAUGUCACCUCCAGACAACAGGAUAUAAAAGGGAAUGGGCUCCAAAGCUGCAAAGACAUGAAGGAGCCAGGCGUGGUGGCUCCCACCUGUAAUUCCAGCACUUGGGAGACCAAGGUCAGGAGUUGGAGACCAGCUUGGCCAACAUGGUGAAACCCCAUCUCUACUGAAAAUAUACAAACCAGCCAGCCAUGGUGGCGUGUGCCUAUAAUCCCAGCUACUCCAGAGGCUGAGGCAGGAGAAUUGCUUGAACCCAGGCGGCAGAGAUUGCAGUGAGCCAAGAUCGUGCCACUGCUCUCCAGCCUGGGUGACAGGGCAAGACUCUAUCUCAAAAAAUAAAAGACACAAAGGGACCUCAAAUGCAUCUAAGUGAAAGAAGCUGGUCAGGAAAGGCUGCACACUGAGUUUCCAACUGCAGAGCACUUUGGAAAAGGCAAAAGUAUAGAGGCAGCGAAAAGAUCAGUGUUUGCCGGGGGCAGACGGGAGGAAGGCAUCCGCAGGUGGAGCUGGGAGGAUGUUUAGGGCAGGGACACGACUCUGUGCGACACUAUGGUCAGUGGUGGACAUGUCAUGACAUGUUUGCCCAAACCCAUAGUAGGUACAGUGCCAAGAGUGAACCCCCAUGGAAACUCAGGGUUCUAGAAGACAGAGCGGUGUCCACACAGCUUUAUCUGUUGCAACAAAGACACCGCUCUUGAUAAAGGACACAGAUAGCGGGGGAGGGUGCAUGUGUGGGGUGGGGUUAUGUGGAGACUGUACCUUCUGCUGAAUUUUGCUGUGAACCUAAAAUGUCCCUAAAAAUAACAUUUUUUAUUUUUUAUUUUGAAAUGGAGUCUCGCUCUCUCACCAGGCUGGAGUGCAGUGGCGCAAUCUCAGCUCACUGCAACUUCCGCCUCCCAGGUUCAAGCAAUUUCUCCUGCUUCAGCCUCCCAAGUAACUGGGACCACAGGCGCAUGCCACUAAGCCAAGCUAAUUUUUGUCUUUUUAGUAGAGACGGGGUUUUACCAUGUUGGCCAGGAUGGUCCCGAUCUCUUGACCUUGUGAUCCGCCCGCCUUGACCUCCCAAAGUGCUGGGAUUACAGGAAUGAGCCACUGCACCCAGCCAAAAAAAAAAGGCAACUUGACCCAAAGUCAGUCUCGGGAGGCUAGGGGGUGGGGGACAGAAUGGGCCAGGCAGGAACCUGUAGAGGCAAGCACAGGCUGAGGUCUCAGGAAUACAUCUGUGCCUCUGUGGCUUCCCUUCUGGGGACCUUUGCUAUCUGGGCUGGCUCCUGGGCCCGGCUUAGGUUUCAGACUCUGCCCCUCCCUGAGAUUGGCCAGUCCCUUCUCUCUGUGGCUCCAGGAGUGGAGGUUCAGCCCUUGGAACCGUGGAUCAAACCAACCCUGAUUUGGGGCCCUAGAGAGGAAGCACGGGGAAUCCAGGGUCAGACAGGCAGGACCCCAAGCCCUGCUUCUGCCAUGGCUGUCUGUGCGACCCUGGGAGCGACUGUCCAUACUGAUGAGACAGGGUCAUGGCACCCACCUCCAGGGAAUGACAGGAGCUGUCACUGUGUUUGUGGUGCCCAUGUGCCUUCUAACUUGUUCGCUGACCUGGACCUUUUGCUGGAGGCAGUAAAGGCAGGAGAAAGUGGAGGCCACACCCAGGAGCUUCUGGGGACCGGGGGGGGGGGGGUUGGAGGACAGGGAAAUGCAGGACACGCCACUGACCCACGCCUGUUUGCCAUUUUUUCCCCAUUUAAAAAUGUGAUUUAAAGGGCCAGGUGCAGUGGCUCACACCUGUAAUCCCAGCACUUUGGGAGGCCGAAGUGGGCAGAUCACUUGAGGUCAAGACUUCAGGAUGGUGAAACCCCACCUCUAUGAAAAAUACAAAAAUUAGCUGGGCAUGGUGGCGUGCAUCUGUAAUCCCAGCUACUCGGGAGGCUGAGGCAAAAGAACUGCUUGAACCAGGAGGUGGAGGUUGUGGUGAGCUGAGACUGUCACUGCUCUCCAACCUGGGUGAUAGAGUGAGACUCCAUCUCAAAUAAAGUUACUUGAAUUGUGGUCAAAUACACAUAAUACCAAGUUUAUCAUCUUGAUGAUUUUUAAGUGUUCAGCUGUGUGGCAUUAAGUAUGUUCACACCAUUACCAUCCAUCCCCAGAACUCUUUUUUUUUGGAGACAGAGUCUUGCAUGAGCCACCUCGCCCAGCCCAGAACUCUCAUCUUGCAAGACUGAAGCUCUGUGGCCUUAAGCACUCACUCCCCAAUUCCCCUCCCCCAGGCCCUGGCACACACCAUUCUAUUGUAACAACCUAACUUGUGCUAGCCUGACUGACUGACCCCAUCUUGGCCCCACCCCCACCCCCCACCGUUUCUCCCUCGAGUGCAUACCUGGGCCACACUGUGGUGGGUCACGUUGUGCUUAAAACUAUAAAAACAUAACCAUUGUAAACAUACCCUGCUUAGCAAGCCCCCUUGCUAUUGUGAACACCUCAGUUAAUUACAUGGAAAGUCCCGAAUGCCCCCUGGGUAACCAGCAAUCAUGGGAACCACUUGUGUGUACCCUCCUCAGUUAAUCAAUCACGGGAGCUUCCUGCCUCCUAGUUGCCAGCCUCCUCCCUAACUUGCCCAUUCUGCUUCUGUAAAAUUCUGCUUUGCUCUCUUACGCUAAGCAACAUACCAAAGGAAAUCAAACCCCUUCCUCGGGACCAAGAGAUUGUAAGCGUAAGCAGACUCUUGGUCACCGGCAGUAAAGAGCUCACAAUCCAGCUUCAGAGCGUGGCGUUUUCCUGUCCACUCGCUCGGAUAGAACAUUUGGAGGCCCCAGUGAGAUAUUUGCCACUGGGUAAGAGGCAGACUUGGGGGAGGUGCCCCCUGAGACAUAGCAGGGCCCUGUAGGCCACCCCUUUCCAGAGGAGAGCAGAUUGACUCCCAGCACGCUCCACCAAAUUUUCCUUCCACGUCCUCGGUCCUGCUCCACGGAGAAGGUAAGCCAGGCCUAACCUGGUUCCUGGAAAGCGCAGGGUCACCAAUUAACAGCAGUGACUCCUGUUGUCUGCUUUCUGCCUGGUUUGAGGAAUUUCUCCUGUAUUCUAGAGUCCCCGGUUCUAUUCUGCUGCCUGGUUUGGAGGGGUACUGGCCCUAACAAGGGCACCUCACAGGACUCUGUCAACCCUCCAGAACGCUGGAGGACAGAGUCCCCUGUUCUGUUCUCCUGUCUGGUUUAACAAGAAAUUUCUAAAACAAAAAAGGAAAUUUCUCCAGGAUUCUGACUGGUUUACAACGUGCAAAAACUGCCGUGACCUGUAAGUGAACGUGUGAGUGUGUGAGUGAGCGCAGGGCCUGCCUCUGAGGAUCCAUCUGUGGCUCCACAGCAAAAGCUCCGGAGUCCAGGUGGGCCCCUCCCUGUGGUUCCGUGGUGACCUCAUACGGCUUGACAGUAUCCCACUUGUUUGGUACCAGCCUAGCUGGUUCUACUCCAAGCCGGGGGUUUACACCAGCCUGUCUAUGUCAAAGGGCACCCAAGUCCCCGUAAGGGGAGCGGCCAGGUGGGCAUCUGAGUCAUCUAUUGAAAAGUCCUUUGUCACUGUGUUUUUGGGCCCGUGUCUUGCCUGUAUGUCUGGUCACAGGUUUGGCUCACAACGUCUAGGUAAACAUUUCUUUACUGUCCUUGGGAAUACAUAUCAGUCACCUGAGGACCGGGCGCUAAUUUGCAGAUGAACUUUAAUACCCGUUUUGCCUGUUCUGCCGUGACGUGGUCCAGUGUCCUUAAAACUGCCAAAAUCCUUUACCUGCCUCGGCGCCUUACCUACCUCGGCGCCUUACCUACCUCGGUGCCUGUUGUCCUGUCUGCUCCUAACGUCUAAUUUUGUAUGUCCUGUCACUCUUAUCGUGCAAAAACGUCUUCAAAACCCUUGCUAGGGACCUCCUCCCACAAGACACUCUCUCCCUCAUUUGCCACCUGGGCUGGACUUCCCAGUCCUGUCUGUCAAAAGCAAAUCAGGUGUUUUUACAGGGAAAACUGUACAAAACAUUCACCAGUCUGGGAUUUCUGGCACCACAGAGGUUGUUGGCGCUUAAAUUGUCAGACCCCUCACCCCAAUGACUGCGCUAGCCUUUCCUUAAAUCAGUAAAUCCAGAAGAAUCAUCCUGUUAACCUACUUGCCCACCUUUAUUAUCAUUCCAUAACUUUCCCCAUUCCCUUAAACAAGGCACUAUGCCAGGAGACUUACACCUGUACAGCCCUAC